AACAAUUUUCAGUGUAGAUGUUUUGCCGCCUCCUCCAUUAAAAUCUUCUCUUCCUCCAUUACUCUUUCUGCCAAUAUUUUUACCUUCUUUCAUUAACAUAACGACACAUUAAACACAACCAAACUUUCAACUUCUUUUAGCUUCUUCAAAAGCAAAAAGAAUUGAAAAACUAUGUGCCCAAUUACUAAACUUUUUAAACACUUUCAUUAUUUUCUUCUGCAUUUGCAAAACAUUAAAAGAUCUGUUUAUUCUGUUCUUUUUUGCUUACCGACUUCCCUUCUUGCUCUCAUUCUCGUUUUUCUUUUGGUUUACAAUGCUUUCUCUGUGUUCUACACUCACCUCCCUUCCUUUCCCGCCAAAAUCUCUCCUACUCCCGCCAAUUUUUCGCCGGAAAAAGUUGCCGGUGAGUCUCUUCAGAAGUUUAGUUCUUCUGUGCUGUAUGUUGUCAAAGAAGAGAAACCGCCUGUGAUUUUAAAGACCCAGUUGCCUCUUUUUCAUAAACAGAACUUUUCCUUGGUGCCCAUUAAUAGUACUUUGGUUUCUAGACCCAAAAAAAGGCAUAGCGGGAGAGGCAGGUUCAAGAUUCUUCGUUUAGGAGCAAAAUCUAGGCAGUUUUCCGCGAAAGUUAAAGAAUUUUUUGAAAAUUCUUCAUGCAAGUUGAAGUUUUUCAUGACUUGGAUUUCUUCAGUUGAGUCGUUCGGUCAUAGAGAGUUUUUGGCUUUAGAGAGUUUAUUCAAGUCCCAUCCCAAUGCUUGUCUAGUCAUGGUCUCAAAUUCAUUGGACUCAAGAAAAGGAGGUCUUAUACUUGAGCCUUUUUUAGAUAAGGGUUUCAAAUUGAUUGCUGUUAAGCCUGAUUUUGACUAUUUAUUCAAGAAUACCUAUGCAGCAGAGUGGUUCAAUAAAUUGAAGAAAGGGACUGUUGAUCCUGGAUUCAUUUCUUUGGGUCAAAAUAUGUCCAACUUACUUAGGCUUGCUUUGUUGUAUAAAUUUGGGGGCAUUUAUUUGGAUACGGAUGUUAUCGUACUGAAAAGUUUUUCCAAGUUGAGAAAUACAAUAGGAGCACAAACUGUUGAUCCUGGAACCAAGAAUUGGACCAGGUUGAACAAUGCCGUGUUGAUUUUUGAUAAGAAUCAUCCAUUACUUUUCAAGUUCAUACAAGAAUUUGCGCUAACAUUUGAUGGUAACAAGUGGGGUCACAACGGUCCUUACUUGGUCUCAAGAGUUCUAUCAAGAGUAAAUGUUAGACCUGGAUUUAACUUCACAGUGAUGCCGCCAUGGGCUUUCUACCCUGUUGACUGGAGUAGAAUUCGAAGUUUCUUUGGAGGGCCUCGAAACGAAAUUCAUUCAAAAUGGUUGCAUAACAAGCUCAAGCUUCUUCGCCGCCACAGCUUUGCAGUUCAUCUAUGGAACAGGCAGAGUAGAGCGCUUAAAGUCGAAGAAGGGAGCAUUAUUGACCAUCUAAGGUUAGGCUGCUGCAUCUACUGCAAUUCUUCCCUCUCAAGUUUGUAAUUACAGAAUAAAGCAUGACAAUUUGCUGAUUGUCUCAUAUUCACGAUAUGUGAUUAUAAAAAUAAAUGUCUUCAGAUUCUUGAUAUGUAAAUGCCAUAAAGCAGUCAAUCCAUAUAUCCAUUAAUUUUUCAAUCUA